UUUAUACUGUAUUUUAUUUAUACACACAUAUCAAAAUGUCUCAUACUGUUGUUACUACCACCACCACGACGAGAUCGUCUUCGGGCGAAGGAUUCUUGAAUUUGGGCUAUACUCGCUCUGUACAAGGAUUACUGAAAAUCGCCCAAGUGGUAGCACUCCUGAUUGCCUUCCUGUGUGUACACUGUGCACGAGGUUGGACUGAUUACUCAGCCUUUCGGUACUUUGAGGUGGUGACGCUAUGGUUCCUCAUAGCCUUCCUCAUCUUCUACCUCAUGUAUGUGUUCAGACUGCAGAGUAAGAUCCCCUGUAUCAACUGGACAAUGACGGAGUUACUGCAUUAUGGCGUUGGGACCAUCCUGGUCUUCAUUGCCUCUAUUGUUGCAGCUGUUAAGAGUGGAGGUCUGUCUGAACUAGAAGCUGGUUCGGCAUUUGGCUUCAUCGCCACAUUCCUACUGGCUGUCAGCAUAUGGACAUCCUAUAAGGUCACAUGUGGUUCCCAGCCAACCAGUGCUUCUGUGUAAAACGGAUCUAUCAUUUCUUCCCCUGAAGUACCAAGAUGACUUCAUUGUCAGUGUGCUGUGCGACAGUAACUUCUUACCCCAACAACUGGCCCGGGGCCAAUUAAACAAUCAGAACUUCAGCUUAGCCCGAGACUGGUUUCACUUCAGGAUAGUUACAAGUUAGCCAGUUAACUUUGUUAAACACUCUAUUUUGUACAGUUUACAAAGAAUGCUUAAAGUAAUUUCUCCUUCUUUGAGAUACACCAUCCUGAUGACCGGUCAGUUGUUAGGGAUAAGAAGUCACCUGUGUGUGCUUUGAAGAGCAGGCAGCUGUUGUUUCAUAUAAGUGCCUCCAGAGUGUUUAAACUAAGGGCUAGGCUGAGAGCCAGACCAAACCACACCUCCAUCUUGAAUGGUCGCUAUUUGAAUGCUUUGAAAUCAAAAGAGGACAUAAGCUGUUUUUCAGUGUUGCCCUGAAGCUUUUUAGAGUUAGAUAUGUCAAUGCCACCCCUGUUUACAUUAUUUAUUUGAGAGCACAUUUUUGUGAUGAUAGUUUUGUGCUUUUAUGUUCACGUAUGUCUUUCACAGCAUUAUAGGCUGCUUAUGAGAAGAAUAUAAUCAUAAAAAGGUCAACCUUUAUACAGCCUUACACUAUCACGUGUAUUUAAACAUCUCUUCUUUAUCUGAUGUGUUUGUGUUUGUAUAUGGGUUUAUAUUCCAAACAUGCUUUUGGUUGACUGAAGUAAAAGGGAAACCCAACAGCA